CCUCUGGCCCCCGUCUAUAUACUUUCUCUCCCUUUUUUCGUCUCCUCGCUUUACUUUCUCGUUAUCUUUGUGUUCUCCAUCCUGCUUUGACAAGCAUCGCUGUUUCGGUUUCUCAACACACACAGACCGAGGAUUCUAGAGUCUAGAGAGAGAAAUUUAUAGAGAGAGAUGAUGGAGUGGGAGAAGCAGCAACUGAAAGAGCAGCAAGAGAUGGAGGGGAACGGGAACGGGAGUGGGAAUAAUGGGAAUGGAGGAGUGAUGUAUGUGAAGGUGAUGACUGAUGAGCAGUUGGAGACUCUGAGGAAACAGAUUGCAGUUUAUGCCACCAUCUGUGAGCAGCUUGUUGAGAUGCACAAGAACCUCACUUCCCAGCAAGAUCUUGCAGGAGUCAGGAUGGGAAAUCUGUACUGCGAUCCGCUGAUGACAUCCACCGGCCACAAAAUUACCGCCAGGCAGCGGUGGACGCCAACACCAGUGCAGCUCCAAAUUCUUGAGCGUUUAUUCGAGCAAGGGAAUGGAACUCCGAGCAAGCAGAAGAUCAAGGAGAUCACCACUGAGCUGAGCCAGCACGGACAAAUUUCCGAAACAAAUGUGUACAAUUGGUUCCAGAACAGGCGCGCUCGAUCAAAAAGGAAGCAGCAAAAUGCAGCAUGUAACCAUGCUGAAUCAGAAGUGGAGACGGAAGUUGACUCACCCAAGGACAAGAAAACUAGACCCGAGGAAACGUUUCAGUCCCAGCAGCACUCAGCUCAAAGGACCGAAGAUUUGUGCUUCCCGAGCCCGGAGAUAAGUUCUGACCUGCAUUUCUUGGAUCCACAUGCCACUACGGUGGAUAAAAUGUUCCCGUCACACAGCGGUUUAAGAAGUUCUAGGCAUUUAAGCGAAAUGUCAUUCUAUGAUGAAGUGCUUGCAAACUCAAGGCAUGAGCUGAUGACCGGAAAGAUGGAAGCCGGAAAUUAUAAUCUUUUUCAGGAGGCAGAAGACUACGGCCUGACGAGUUGACGCUCAUUAGGGAAUGUCUGAGUUUUUGUUCUGUUUGAUGAGCUAUUUUGUGAAGUAGAUCCCUGAGUGAGAGAGUGAGUUUGGUCCUGUUUGAAUAUGGAGACAUAGCAAGCCUAACCCUAGCAGAGAGCUGUGGCUCCAACUGAAUUUAACUUGGAGAAUGGAGAGUAGAUAGAUAGAUAUAGUGAUAUAUAUUAUACUAGUAUGACAUGCAAAUUUGCUUUGGGGUUUUUGUGUUUUGAGCCUUGGCUAUUCAAUCUUGCUUUGUUAGUAGAAUGAACAUUAAAUAUUUUCUUUUGGGAAGCCAAAAAUAGAUCAUGCACUUAUUUUCUUUUCCUUUU